CGAUGCGUCCGGUCGGUGCUGUGGCUCAGUUCGAAUCCUGUGAUUCGUCGCGACGGUUUGCAGCUAGCAAUACGAGAACGGCGUAUCCUCUUCCUUCGGUACUUGUGAUUCGAACUGUCGAUAAACGUGAUAAGCGUUGCUUUGCUCGAUUUCGUCGUAGUUUUCUAGUGCGUGUGUGUUCCUUCCAGUUGGUUGGGAGUUGCUCCCGUGUAGAUUGGGGAGUGAAAGAUAUUCAAGGCAGUGACAGUGGCGAUGACAGUAUACGCGGGACGAGAUAGAGAAAAAAAUGUUCUAUGUUGUGUGUUCCAAUCACGAAUCGAAAAACCCCAAACCCGUUUCUUGAUGUGUGAGAUGCGACAUGUUGAGAAGGAAAAAAGUGAAAAGCAAGUCUCCGUGUGUCUGUGUGCCAAUCAGUCAGUGUUAAAUGGCGCAUAUUCGUGCAGUGAGUAAGUGAUGCAAUGCAGUGCAGUGAACCGGUGAAAGAAUACAAGGCAAGGAAGUGUGCAAGUCAAAACGGGAAAGGAAAAACCUUCCUUGCGAGUGCUGUCGAGAAGUUGAAUAAUUAAUUACGCAAGAAAGAAUAGCCAAGCGUCGAGGUGAAACGUGGCUGCAAGGAAGCUAGAGCGAAUGGAAACGCCGUUCGGAAGGAAAUUCCUAUCGUGCUAGAUGGUAAGAGUGUGUGUUUGUGAAGCAUAAUUGGCGUUUGUGCUGUGUUUUUGUGAGUGUGUUACGGUGUGGUAGUACUCCUUGUUAAGGGCGAUUGAUUCCGAGUAAAUAACAUUAAAAAUUCCAUAAAUAAACUAACCUCUGCGUCAGGACGACUGUGAGAGAGCGUUACAUUGUCUCUUCUUGUUGAACUUGCCCUCCACGGCAACCGAUUGGAUGUGACAGUGACAAUGCUUCUUCAGCGACAACAACGAACCAAAAGCCAACAAUGCAUGAGCCCACGUUUAGCAGCAUCGCUUAGAAGGCGUUAAGGGUGACGGUGCGCAAUCGGCGAGUUUGGCACAGGAAAACACCACCAACGAAAAAAAGAAGUCUUCCCGCCAACACCUCACGCUCACCACGCUCUAUGCCGUUAGCGGGCGCGUCCUAACCAUAAUGGAUGUACGCGGCCUCGCCCAGGGCAUUCUGCUGCUGCACAUUCUCAAAGGCGUCAUUCUGCUCGAUCUUCAGGGACCAGUGUUCUUGAGCGAACCGCCCUACAAGGUAGAAUUCUCCAACAACUCGGGCGGCCUCAUCGACUGCACCGGACAUGGCAGCCCUCCACCGGACGUCGAGUGGUCGGUAGCGACGACCAAUCACGAGCUGGUCUACACGCUGCCGAACGGAAGUCUGAUUUUUUACCCAUUUUCUGCGGACAAAUUUCGUCACGAAGUUCACUCCACAGUGUAUAGAUGUAAAUUAAAAAACUUAGUCGGUACUAUCUUAAGCCGGGAAGUGCACGUCAAAGGAGUUGUAAACCAAAAAUACAACAUUCAGGUGCACGACGAGUAUGUGAUGUCGGGAAAUACGGCCGUGCUGAAGUGUCAGGUGCCAAGCUACAUACAGGACUUCGUGGUAGUGACGGCCUGGGUGCAAGAUUCGGGCGUCCAUCUCUACCCGAACACGGACAUCGGUGGCAAGUACAUCGUCCUGUCGAAUGGCGAUCUGUACAUCAACAAUGCCGGUGCAAGCGAUGCGUACAAAACGUACUCAUGUAGAACUGUAAAUAGACUAACAGGUGAAAUACAAAUUUCAACAUAUCCAGGUCGAGUGAUAGUGACCGAACCGAAAGGGCUAGUACAACCUAGAAUUAACGUGGAGAAACACUCACUCAAGCACGUGGUAGUGAACGCACCGGUCACGCUGCCCUGCGUUGCCCAGGGCCAUCCGGUCCCUACCUACCGAUGGUUUAAGGAGGUAAAGGACCAGAUCAUGCCGUUGCAGCUGAACGAACGGAUCAGCAUCGUGUCGGCCGGGCUGCUCAAAAUCGCGAAAGCUCGCCUCGAGGACAGUGGGAAGUAUCUGUGCUGGGUAAAUAAUACUGCCGGGGAGGAAACGAUUCAGGUGUCGUUGACGGUGACGGCACCACUAACGGCCCACCUGCAGCCCCAGGUCCAGACGGUGGACGUUGGUAAGGAUGCACAGUUUCAGUGUAUCAUUUCGGGCUUCCCAGCGCAUGAGGUGCUUUGGAUGCAUAACGGGAAACCGAUCGUGCGAGACAGCCGGAUCGAGAUCUAUACCGAUGUGCCGCGGAUAGUGAUCAAGAGUGUGCAGAAGGAGGAUCAGGGCAUGUACCAGUGCUUCGUGGCGAACGAGUGGGAGCAGAUCCAGUCGACGGCGGAGUUGCAGCUUGGUGAUGCAACCCCCGAGCUGCUUUACUGGUUCUCGGAACAAACGCUGCAACCGGGACCGACCGUAUCGCUCAAGUGCGUGGGCACCGGCAACCCGCCACCGCAGUUCACUUGGAAGCUAGAUGGAUUUCCGAUCCCCGACAGUCCCCGGUUUGUCGUCGGCCAGUACGUCACCAUCCACGACGAUGUCAUCAGUCACGUGAACGUUUCCAACGUGAAGGAGGAGGACGGUGGCGAAUAUACGUGCGUGGCCCAGAACAGCAUAGGAAAAGUGUCACACAGUGCCAAAGUGAACAUCUACGGGCUUCCAUACAUUCGCGAGAUGCCAAAAAUCACGGGCGUAUCGGGGCACGAUCUCAUCAUCAAGUGCCCGGUCGCCGGUUACCCGAUCGAUAAGAUACACUGGGAGCGAGACGGUCAAACGCUUCCCAUAAACCGACGCCAACGAGCGUACAAUAAUGGAACGCUCAUCAUCGAACAAUUGCAGCUGGCAGAGGAUGCCGGCACGUACACCUGCAUGGCUCAGAACAAACAGAAGCAGACGGCACGGCGGAACGUCGAGAUACAGGUGAUCGUACCACCGAAGAUCAUGCCUAUCCAGGCAAUGACCAACAUGCUGCGGGAGGGUAUGCGUGCCGCUAUUUCGUGUCAGAUAUUGGAGGGCGAUCUGCCGGUUAACUUCCGCUGGGAGCGUAAUGGGAAACCGGUGCUCGGUACUGGGAACGAAGUGAUCCGGAGGUUGGACGAGUAUAGUACAAGUUUGGUGAUCGAACACAUUACGUCGGAGUACUCGGGGAACUAUACGUGCAUCGCGAGUAAUGUGGCUGGUAGUGAGAGUUUUACUGUGCCACUCACGGUAAAUGUUCCUCCGAAGUGGAUUCUCGAGCCGAAGGAUUCGAGUGCCCAGGCAGGGCAAGACGUUGCACUCCACUGCCAAGCUGGUGGACAUCCACAGCCGACCGUUACGUGGAAGAAAGCGAUCGGUAAUACACCGGGAGAGUAUAAGGACUUCCUGUACGAACCGAACGUAUCGUUACACACGAACGGGACGCUGCAGUUCCGCAAGAUAGCCAAGGAAUCGCAGGGUCACUUUCUGUGUGAGGCAAAAAAUUCUAUCGGGACCGGUGUUAGUAAGGUUAUUUUCCUUAAAGUUAAUGUGCCUGCUCAUUUUACCACCAAAAACAAGCAAAUAACCUCACCGCGCAACAAACAGAUCCACAUCCAGUGUAACGUGCAGGGUGACAACCCGAUCGACAUCAAGUGGAAGAUGCAGAGCUCCCAGCAGCAGCUAGACGAAUCGCUCGACAAUCGGUACAACAUCCGGGAGCAAGUGCUCGACGACGGCAUGGUGUCGGAGCUCGGUAUCUCUCACACCUAUCGACAAGACACCGGUGUCUACAUCUGCCAAGCUUCGAACGCUUUCGGUCAGGAUGAAAUGUCGAUCCACCUGGUUAUCCAGGAAGUGCCUGAAGCACCCAAAAACCUUCGCAUCAACUCCCAGCAAUCACGCACGCUACAGCUCUCCUGGAGCCAACCGUUCGCCGGCAAUAGUCCGAUCGAGAAGUACAACGUUGAGUACAAACUGGUAACGGAACCGUGGCAAUCGGCCGAACACAUCACCGUCGCCGGAACGCAAACGGUGAUCACGCUUCAAAAUCUUAAACCCGCCAAAGCGUACCAUCUACGCAUCUCGGCCGAAAAUAAGCUCGGUGCUUCGGAGUACUCGGAAGUGAUACAGGUGACCACGCUGGAGGAAGUACCAUCGGGGCCACCGCUUAACAUCAAGGGCGAACCGAAGAGUUCCACCGAAAUCUUUCUCUCCUGGGAAGCACCCGAUCGGGAUCAGUGGAAUGGGAACUUGUUGGGAUAUUACGUCGGGUAUCAGGUGGCUGCGAAUCCGAACGAUCGUGAGAUUAAUCCUACUCAAGGCUUUAACUUCAAAACGGUUGAGGUGAGGAGUCAUUUUGGUGGUGAAACGACGCUUCAGAACCUGAACAAAUGUACCACGUACAAUAUCGUGGUGCAGGCGUACACCAGCCAGGGCAGUGGACCUCCAAGCAAAGAGAUCUCGCUUGGGACAUUGGAAGAUGUACCUUCUAGCGCACCGGACAGUCCAAAGUGUGAUGUGCUUAGUUCGACCUCGAUCUACAUCACCUGGUCUCCGCCACCGGUCGAUGGACAGAACGGAAAGAUUCGGGGUUAUAAAGUUUCCUAUAUUGAGAUGGAUGAUCUUUAUGAGAAAGAACCGUAUACAUCGAAAACGAACAAUCAGUACCUUACGCUGGAGAACUUGAAGAAGUUCACCAACUACACAUUCUGGGUGUUGGCAUUCACGAAAGUAGGAGACGGUGUGCGAACGAAUCCGUUUCACUGCAUCACUCAGGAAGAUGUACCAAGCGCUCCAAGUGCACUGAAAGCGGUCCCAUCAUCCAGCACCAAGAUCAUCAUCUCCUGGUUACCGCCGGCCCACCGGAACGGCCUCAUCACCGGCUACACCUUCUACAUGUCCCUGGUCGAUGGGGGUCGUGACGAGGGCACCCACAAACGCUCGCUUGUUCCGUACGCCGAGAGCCACGAAACGGUUCGAUUGCAGGAGCAUGCCACCUAUCAAUUUUGGCUCACGGCCUCUACGAAAGUGGGCGAAGGUGAAAAGUCGGAAGUAAUUACGGUCCCCCCGAACAACAAAGUCCCCGCCCGGAUAGUUUCCUUCAGCCAGGAGAUUGUAACACCGUGGAAGGAAACGUUGAUUCUACCCUGUCGGAAGGUGGGCGUUCCAGCACCGGUUACCAUCUGGCGACAGGAUGAUCAACCGAUGGAUACCGGGACUCGCAAGCUGAUUGCGAAGAACGGUACACUCUACAUCAAGGACUGCCAGCAUUCGGAUGCGGGCAACUAUACUUGUAGUGUGGAAAACACCUGGGGCCGGGAUGAGAUCGUGUAUCGUAUCCGGAUCCGAGUGCCACCUGAUCCACCAACCCUAACGAUCGUCAACACGUACACCGACAGUCUGUUGCUUGAGUGGACCGACAAUCGAAACGGAGGAUCACCGGUGCUUGGGUACGUCAUCAACUACAAGCGUGAGAAUGGUGACUGGGAAGAGUUGCAGAUUGAUUCCAAAACCAACACCCAUCUGUUGGUGAAUCUGUGGUGCGGGACACGCUACCAACUGUACAUCACGGCGUACAACAAGAUCGGCACUGGGCUACCGUGUGAUAUCGUACAUUCGCACACGAAAGGAUUGCCCCCGGUACAGCCGAAACAUUCGCAGAUGAUCACCAACAAUUCUACCAGCGUUACCUGUUGGCUUGAUUCGUGGGGUGAUGGUGGCUGCGGUAUACUGCACUUUUCGAUCGAGAAUCGUCUGUACGGCCGCGCGCAGUGGAACAUGAUCGCUAGCCACGUGGAAGCGACGGAGCGUAUAUUUACCGUAACGGAUCUCCAACCAGCGACAAAGUAUCAGCUGCGAGUUACGGCUUACAAUAAUGCUGGGGCAACGAUGGCUGUUUACAACUACACUACACUCACCGCACAGGGUGUGAUGGUGUAUCCUGACAUAACGAAUCCAGUCUCCCCGCACAUGGGUGAGAAUCCGUUCUACGCCAACUUUAAGGUCAUCCUACCACUAUGCCUAUCCAUUUUGAUACUGUUUGCCCUUGUUGCUGCGGCUCUGCUAAUACGAAAGAGAAAGCUUAACAAUCAGAACCGUAUCCCAUCCACUUCAAUGUCCGAAUCACCCUCGAUCGCCAACAUCCAGAACAAGCACAACCGGGACCAGCAGUAUCUGGCGGUGCGGGCCCAACAGGCAAGCCGUAACAGUAACUCCGUUGACUCGGGCAGCUAUAAAGCCGAGGGAAAUGAGUAUAUUGAAGACAUUUGCCCGUAUGCAACCUUUCAGCUGAACAAGCAAACGUACAGCGAAAGUUCAUACAGUGGAAAUGUCUACAGUGGACCAUAUCACUCGGUAAGAGGAUCAUUUGUGUAUCAUGAUGUUAAAACCGAAAGCUAUCAUAACAAAGAGCCCGAGUACACGAAAGUGCGCAGAAAGGGCGGAUCUCGGCUCCGAGAUCCGGCCACCUCGGAACCAAUAGAUAUAAAUCAAUUUAUAGAAUCAGACAAUCCCGGAUCCACAGAUUCCGAAGUUAGGAAGAUACUAACACUUCAUAUACCGAUUACAGAAUAUGAUACACUCGGUUCCGAAUCUGACAACGAUAUUGCCUCGCGCUCCAACCAGUCCAACUACCGUCACCAUCGUGACACGCAAGACGAAACGUCUUCGUCUUCCGAAAAUUCUCCCUCGAGCAUAUCGAGAAAAUCCAAACCACCCUAUCCACCGAGAAAGUCUGCCAAAGCACAGUCGCAAAACCUACCGAAGCGACACGUGCGUAGCUCUAGCGGGUACUCUAGCCACAACGAAGAAACUACUUUCAGUAUAUCGAACUAUCCUAACUAUUCCGAUCACAUAACACCGCCGGCCCGCUUUUCGGAUCUGCUCGGCCGGGACGCGACGCUCGCCGUAUCGUCCGUCAAUCCAUCAAGCUUGGGCAGUGCGACGGAGAUCGGUAGCAAUGUGGUGGGCAAAAAGUCAAGCAACCAUUCGCCCCGACCGCGUGCCAAUCAGAAGCUGCAACGGGAAGCGUUUCAGAUUAAUGUGUAAAGGCCCCUUCAAAAACGGGUGUCCGGGCGAAAUACAACGACGAAUAAAACCGACAAAAAGCUAGCCAUUGGUGCCCGCCUAAACAAUCUUCCAUCAAAACGUCGGUUAAAAACACACACACACAUGUGUUUGUGGAAAACAACGGACUAAACGCUGAACUACAAAUACAUGGAAACACGCUUCCCGAGACCUACUGUAACACGAAGAAAAGCCAAAAACCAAACCGGGGGACGACGUUUUGAUCACCAGCCAUCCUUGGAAAAUGAGUGUUUUAUACGUAUAUUUUUAUAGAAUAUUAAUGAAAGUUCUUCGCAUAGCAAAAAAAACACACACACAGACUAACGUACACACCUCAUACAAAGCCGUUUAAUCGAUCAUGCAUCACUAGCAUUCAUUUUGCUUUACUCAAACCCAACCCAAACCCAAAUAGACAAACAAACAAGCGAAACAGUAAACUUCUAACUAUUGAAGAAGCGAAUUGAAUAUACAAAUCGUAUAACAAAAAUGCAGAUAGCACGCGAAAAGCACAAAAAGAAACAAAAAAGCGAUCCAAAAACGAUAGUAUAAUUGUUAGUGGUAAUGGAAACUAAACGGAUGAGAACAGGUUUAGGAGAGAACAAAAGGAAGAGAGAAAAAAAUCGUCAAACAAAUAAACAGCCAAACGAAACAUGAUAAAACAAGCGGUACGAAAGAAUGUAAAAGAAAAAUGAACAAAAAAUAUAUAGAAAAAUCUCCCACUAGAUAGUAUUGUUGGAAGAAUGGUAAGAAAACAAAUUGAACAAAAAACAAAUUGAUUAGAACUUAAAACUUCAAGAAAAAUCACACAUUCAUACACAGAAAAACACAUACAUGCAUUUAACUCUAAAAGAGAUGUAGACUAAUGAAAAAUCACAAAAAUCUCGUUUUUCUCGAAGGCAGCUACAGUUAGUAACUGUCCCCUCUUUCACUGAUCAGAUCUUUAUAUCCUCGUACUCGACUCACUUCAUCUUACACAUUGUUACGUUUAACGAAGCUCGUCCCCGAAAUAGUUUAACUAAGGCAAUGUGUUCUCUCUAUUUUAUUCUUGCUUCUCCAAAACAAAAAAAAAACCUGGACCAACCUUAAACUCUGUACGUUACAGUUUCUGCAUUUUGCAAAGCCUUUUAAUAGACUAGUCUGAUCGUUGAAGCGAUGAACACGUUUUACAGGGUUUCCCAACGUUGUGUUGACAGCUUCGAACAAGAAAACAAACCUUCCUCAAUUGCAUAUAUAGAAAAGAUGAACGAAAGGAACACGCUUGUUAUGAAAAGCACUCGUUAUGAAUUGGAAAUAAUACGGAGAUUCUUAAAUACGGCUAAUGUUUUCAAAUCAACUACCGAUCAAAGACAACUCCCGCUGUAGAAAAGUAUAAGCAACCGUUGAAGCUAAUCUUUAACGAGGAUUGCUAUGCCUCAUACGAACUGGAAUCGAUUUGUUUGUGAGAAUGGUAAAAAAAUAUUUUUUUUCUUUUCUUUACAAUGAAUAUAAUUGGCCUUGUGUUUCUUUGGAACAUAAUUAAUGUACAUAAGGAACUGACAGUAAAUAAAGAAUAGCACGAACAAUACGACAAAGGCAAACCGACAGGCACACGAAACUGAUGCACAAGACAAAUAAUCAUCUCAUUCUGUGUUUUUCUUUCUGUUUUGCGAAAUGCUACAUUUGCUUUCUUAUCUAACAUUUUAGCAGUGCCUUGUACCACAAACACCGAUCACAGCUAACUUGCUGUACCGCACAUUCGCUUUUUUCUCACUCUCCUUCGAUCGCAGGGAGGAACCAUGAUAAGGCUGUUAUCGUCACCGUUACAUUAAAAUGUUACAUGCCUGAUUUAAAAUGUUGUCGCUGUAUUUUCACCAUGUAAAUUGCGACAUCUUCAGUCAUCUGCCACAGAGAGAACUAGUACUUGAAAUUUUUGGCUUCAACUUAUUUUUUUAUAUUUCUAGUCAAGCUUUUUAAUAAUUUUACGACUUUUUCAACCAUUUCCAUAUUUUUGUUAAAAAAAUACUUACGAAAACAAGCUCGAACUGACAACUCUGAACCAAAAACAAAACAACUCUCAAUAACCCAUCUACAAUACAACUCUACCAAAACGUAUUU